UUGCAAUCAUGGAAAGAGGAAAACAAAAUCAAGAAGAAAGAGAGAAAGAGAAAGCAAACAACUCAUCGGUGUCAUUUUCUGCUCUUCGCAAGGACGUUGUCAAUGUUGUGGAUAUCAUGGAGAGGUUAAAGAAUGAAGAAAAUCAAAUAGCUCUUGACGUGGAUCUAAUUGGAGAUCUGAAAUUUGUGCUGGCAUCAAUUUGUGCAAACGUCCUGCUUUCUUAUUCCGAUUUGGAGCAGUUUGAAGAUGUAAUGACUUUGCUAAGAGAAAUUGUUAAAGAUCUGUGUCAAUCAAUUUUGGUUGAUGUUGACAAUAAAUACAACAUGCCUCAUGUCCUUGGUAGCCUCAUGGAUAAUAUCGAUGAUUGUAUCAGCUCAUGUCCUCAUUCUACAUCCAUGACUGAGGAGGAGUUGGACUUCCUCCUCCUGAAUCUCCAUCAUAUAUCCAAGUAUCUUGCUGAGAAGAAUUUUCCAUUAGUGACGCAGUAUGAGAUUCUUCAGAAUGUGUGUGGCAAUGUAAGAGAUUUCCAUGGGUUGAUAGUGAAUGGUUGCAUUGAGCACGAGAGUGUUGAAUAUGUCUUACCUCAGUUUCAACUCAUGGCUGAGAGAGUAGGACUCUUUCUUUGGGAGUGUCAUACACAGUCUGGACUCUCUGAGCUAGAUGAAGAUGAUCAGACUGAUAAACACUCUCACCUCAUCAUGUUAGAACAUCUACUCUUGAAGAUUAUUCCAAUUGAACUAGAAGUUAUGAACAUAGGUUAUACAAAUUUGAAAGCUUCAACUUCAGCAGAAAUUGGACACUUCAUUAAGCAGCUCCUGGAAACCUCUCCGGACAUUCUUCGGGAAUAUUUUAUUCGUCUUCAAGAGCACAUGGUAACUGUUAUUACCCCUAGCACCUUAGGGGCUCGAAACAUUCAUGUCAUGAUUGAGUUCCUACUAAUUAUUCUUUUUGAUAUGCCCAAGGACUUUAUUCAUCAUGACAAAUUAUUUGAUCUUUUGGCAUUUGUUGGAGCACUUAUCAGGGAGGUAUCAACUCUUGUUCACGACUUAGAAGAGAAAUUAAGGAAUAAAGAGAGUACCGAUGAGACAAAUCGUGCAACCCUAAAGUUGCUGGAAAAUAUUGAACUCCUCAAGGAAGAUCUCAAACAUGUUUAUCUGAAAGUCCCGGAUUCAUCUCAAUGUUGCUUCCCCAUGAGUGAUGGACCUCUCUUCAUGCAUAUGCUGCACAUACACUUAAAUGAUUUGUUAGAUUCCAAUGCUUAUUCAAUUGCUUUGAUAAGGGAAGAAAUUGAGUUGGUGAAACAAGACCUAGAAUUCAUAAGAUCGUUCUUGGUGAAUGUUGAACAAGAAAUGUAUAAAGAUCUCUGGGCACAUGUUUUAAAUGUGGCAUAUGAGGCAAAAGAUGUCAUUGAUUCAAUUAUUUUUCGAGAUAAUGGUCUCUUACAUCUUAUUUUCUCACUUCCCAUUACCAUAAAAAAGAUCAAGCUUAUCAAAGAAGAUAUCUCCAAUUUACAUGAGAAGAUUCCUGAGAACAGAGGUCUCGUUGUUGUAAAAUCUCCCAAGAAGCUAGUUGAAAGCGAGUCAUCACCGGCUGGUAAAAUAAUUGUAGGUUUUGAGGAGGAGACAAACUUGAUACUUAGAAAGCUCACCAGUGGACCGGCAGAUCUAGAUGUCAUUUCGAUCACUGGUAUGCCAGGUUCAGGUAAAACUACUUUGGCGCACAAAGUAUACAAUGAUAAAUCAGUUUCUAGCCAUUUCGACCUUCGCGCAUGGUGCACAGUCGACCAAGAAUACGACGAAAAGAAUUUGUUGAAUAAAAUUUUUAAUCAAGUUAAUGGCUCGGAUUCAAAUUUGAUUGAAAAUAUUGAUGUUGCUGAUAAGCUACGGAAACAACUGUUAGGAAAGAGGUAUCUUAUUGUCUUAGAUGAUGUGUGGGAUACUACUACGUGGGAUGAGUUAACAAGACCUUUUCGUAAUGGUAUGAAAGGAAGUAGAAUUAUUUUGACUACUCGAGAAAAGGAAGUGGCUUUGCAUGGAAAGCACUACACUGAUCCUCUUGAGCUUCGAUUGCUAAGAUCAGAAGAAAGUUGGGAGUUAUUAGAGAAAAGGGCAUUUGGAAACGAGAGUUGCCCUGAUGAACUAUUGCAUGUUGGUAAGGAAAUAGCCGAAAAUUGCAAAGGGCUUCCUUUGGUGGCUGAUCUGAUUGCUGGAGUCAUUGCUGGGAGGGAAAAGAAAAGGAGUGUGUGGCUUGAAAUUCUAAAUAAUUUGCAUUCCUUUAUUUUGAAGAAUGAAGUGGAAGUGAUGAAAGUUAUAGAAAUAAGUUAUGACCACAUACCUGAUCAUCUCAAGCCAUGCUUGCUUUACUUUGCAGGUUGGCCAAAGGACACUGCAGUGACAAUCUAUGAGUUGAAAGUUUUAUUGGAUGCUGGAGGAUUUGUGGAAAAGACGGAAAUGAAGAGUAUGGAAGAAAUGGUGAAGAUUUAUGUGGAUGAUUUAAUUUCCAGUAGCUUGGUAAUUUGUUUCAAUGAGAUAGGUGAUUAUCCAACUUGCCAAGUUCAUGAUCUUGUGCAUGACUUUUGUUUAAUAAAAGCAAGAAAGGAAAAGUUGUUUGACCGGAUAAGUUCAAGUGCUCCAUCAGAUUUGUUGUCAAGUAAAGUUACCAUUGAUGAUGAUGAGGAGCACUCUGGGCUUAAUUUUGUCCUGUUCGGUUCAAAUAAGAAAAGGCAUUCUGGUAAACACCUCUAUUCUUUGAGGAUAAAUGGAGACAAGCUGGACGACCAUCUUUCGGAUACAUUUCACCUAAGACACUUGAGGCUUCUUAGAGCAUUGUACCUGGAUCCCUCUUUUAUCAAGGUGAAUGAUUCUUUGCUGAAUGAAAUAUGCAUGUUGAAUCAUUUGAGGUACUUAAGAAUUGGGACUGAAGUUAAAUAUCUGCCUUUGUCUUUCUCAAGCCUCUGGAAUCUAGAAACCCUGUGGGUGGAUAACGAAGAAUCAACCUUGAUACUAUUACCAAGAAUUUGGGAUCUUGUAAAGUUACGAGUGCUGGUCAUGACUGCUUGUUCUUUCUUUGAUAUGGAUACAGAUGAACCAAUUCUGGUAGCAGAGGACACAAAGUUAGAGAACUUGACAUUAUUAGAGAAACUCGUGCUUUCGUAUUGGAAAGAUGCAGAGGAUAUUUUCGAAAGGUUUCCCAAUCUUCAAGAUCUUUCAUUUGAACUCAAGGAAUCAUGGGAUUAUUCAACAGAGCAAUAUUGGUUCCCGAAAUUGGAUUUCCUAACUGAACUAGAAGACCUCACUGUAGAGUUUGAAAGAUCAAACACAAAUGAUAGUGGGUCCUCUGCAGCCAUAAAUCGUCCAUGGGAUUUUCACUUCCCUUCGAGUUUGAAAAAAUUGUCGUUGUAUGACUUUCCUCUUAUAUCCGAUUCACUAUCAACAAUAGCGAGACUGCCCAACCUUGAAGAGUUGUACCUUUAUGAUACAAUCAUCCAUGGGGAAGAAUGGAACAUGGGGGAGGAAGACACCUUUGAGAAUCUCAAAUGUUUGAAGUUGCAUAGAGUGACUCUUGCCAAGUGGGAGGUUGGAGAGGAAUCCUUUCCCGCUCUUGAGAAAUUAAAAUUGGAGGGAUGCUGUGAUCUUGAGGAGAUUCCGCCUAGUUUUGGGGACAUUUGGUCACUCAAAAUUAUCAAACUUGUAGAGAGCCCUCAACUUGAAGAUUCCGCUAUAAAGAUUAAGGUAUAUGCUGAAGAUAUGAGGGGAGGAGACGAGCUUCAAGUCGUUGGCCGGAAGAAUAUCCCGUUAUAUAAGUGAACAGCAACCAUCCUCCCUGACGUGGCUCUUCCUGGAAGUGAGAACUCUGCUGCCCGACCAAGGAUAUAAGGAGAAGAUUGAAAGGGUUAUGAAUUUCAUUGAGUUAGCCUUACUUGAUCGAAUCAGUCAGGCGGAAAUUGAAACCAAUCUUGGAAUAUGUGUAUACGUGUGUUUGAUGAAAGUCUCAACUGAACUAUUUGUGAAUAUUAUGUAAAAUUUGAGUAGAUGAGCAUGUGUUGUU